CUCCGGUACGUCCUUGACUUCUAGACUCACGCCCGGCACCUCCUGUCAGCAUGACGUUCAACGGGACCUGGAAAGUGGACCGCAGCGAGAACUAUGACAAGUUCAUGGAGAAGAUGGGUAUUAACCUGGUGAAGAGGAAACUGGCGGCCCAUGAUAACCUGAAGAUCACGCUGGAGCAGACUGGAGACAAGGUUAUUGUGAAGGAGGUCAGCACCUUCCGUACGCUGGACCUGGACUUCACGCUGGGCGUCACGUUCGAGUACUCGCUCGCCGACGGCACAGAGCUCUCCGGGACCUGGGUGAUAGAAGGAGAUACGAUGAAGGGAAGCUUUGUGCGCAAGGACAACGGCAAAACUCUCAUCACCAUCAGGCAGUUCGUUGGUGACGAACUUGUACAGAGCUACGAGUACGAAGGUGUGGAAGCCAAGAGGAUUUUCAAGAGGGGUUAAAAGCCGGACUGAAUGAGCCCGACACGCCCUCCAAACGCUCACCACACUCGUCUGAGGCGUCCCGCUGCACCGCGGCACCGUUUACACAGCCCAUCAGUUUCUGUUUGCACUGCUGAUUUUAAUAUAUACCAUAAUA